GAUGGACCUACAAACGUUUAGAUUUCGAAUUUAGCGCCGCGCAUUGACAAACGUCACAUGUCGUUCAAUUGUUACGAGUCGGUUCCCAACCGUUUAAAGGGUCCCGAAAUUUCCCUGCACUUAUUUUCGUUCGGCUGCGUUUUUUCGAUUUUUCUUUUACGCGAAAUUAAUUGCUGCAGCUAAUAUGCGGAUUAAAAUUAGAGCGGCCGCGAUCACAUGGCUAAUUUCGCUGUGACAGCGUGCGGCGUUGUCGCGCGCGCGAUGAAAUGCGAUUUUUUACAAACGACUUCGGCGUGUGGCCAUCGCCAAAACAUCUGGCGAAUUUGUAGUUUGAUAAGCAAAAUUAUCGUGGUCGAAACAGCGACCACAUGGUUUGAACGUCGAAGAAAUUCGAGACCCGACCCAGCCGACUCGGCAACGUCGCGGCACCACGGCGGACGAAAAUAUCAAACAUGGCCGCCCAGGCCGCGAAUCCAAAUAAAAAUAAGCAGAAAAUAUUAUGUGUUGUCGCGACAAAGUGGCAGUAAAACGAACAUGGGCUACUAAACCGAAAUACCGAAGUGAUGCCGAAAUACCGAGAUGUCCAAUCGUUGAAGAGUCUAUCGCUGAAGGGCGUCGGCUCUUUGGUGGUCUUCAUGGCGCCGCGUAUCGUCGCGAAACUGAAACAGCACAGCGACGCCGCCCUUAUCAAAUCCGACCUGCAACGAAUCAUAGACUCGCUCAAACGCGAACUAGUCUCGUACGUUCCCGACUAUUUGUACGACUCGAUGGCUGUGGAAGUGUUAAAGUCCGUCAAAGCUCUGAUCGAAAAAACGAAAAAGACGUACUACCCGCACAUAUCGAUGUCUCAUUUCCUGACCGAAAUGAACGUCGUGGUCAGCUUGGCGGAAGUAGUGCUCGACGCCCAGCUGCGCAACAUCGAUUUCUCCGAAUGGCCGAAAAUCAUGCGCUACGUCCUCUACAAAAACCUAGACAAGCUCACGGGGUUGGAGAACCUCAACCUCGGCUCGUGCACGGCGAGUUGGAAAACCAGCGAGCACGACAACAACAUCCUGAGCGGGAUAAGGGUGAUGAAACACCUGCGCUCUCUAUGUCUCUGUUUCGAUUGUACGGACCUGGUGAUCCAGGCGGUCGGCGAGAAUUGCCCACAUAUCAAAUUCCUCGACGUCACUUGCUCCAGGUCGGUGACCGAUAGGAGUAUACCGCAUCUGCUCAAAUGCAGGGAGCUGACGGUACUCCAGCUCCAUCAGACGUCGGUCACGAAGACAGGGAUCGCUCAGCUCAUCGCCGGCCUGCCUAAACUCGAAGACGUCGGCCGUUGCGAUGAACUGGGACAUAUCAUCAAACACCUGUAUCAGAAUUUCGGCAGCUGCGGCCCUUUCACGCUGCGCAAGAUCCAAACCAGGGACUUGUCGACCGAGAACCUGCGGCUCGCGGUCGACAUGUUCCCGAACGUCGAACAGGUGUCGCUGUUUCACGACGAGCAAAUCUCCGAUCUGACCGUGCUCAUUUCUUUGGAUCGCCUGCGCGACUUGAAGCUCCUCUCUUGCGCGUUCUACUCCGACUAUCUGAAGCAGCUGCUCGAGAUACGUGGCUCCAAUUUGACUAGCCUCCAUUUGGAGCACGCGGAAGAGAUGAACUUCAACGCGCUGCUCGACAUCAGCCAGUGUUGUCCGCAGAUCAAGAGUUUGGUGUUUUACAAUUGCGACUUUACGUUCAGCUCGAACCAGACGCCGCGAAAGCUGAAAGUGGCGCCGUUCCAGAAGCUCGAGAAGUUGUUUUGGGUGGUGGACAGCGCCACCAAUAACUUGGAGUUUAUUUUAUCCCAGGCGGUAAACAUCAAGAGGAUCCAUCUGGGCUCGUCCACGGGGAUAACGCAUUCGAGCAUCGUGAGCAUCUUGAACGUGAACCCCAUGAAGCAGCUCGAGGAGUUUAGGGUGUUGUACAGCAGCGACAUGAACAUGAGGACGGUCGAGUUGUUGCUGGCGAGCUGUACCAACCUGAGGGUGCUCUCGGAGCUGGAAAGCUGGCAGGGUAUCAGCGUCGAGGAGCUAAAGCAAUUUAAGAAGUGCGUCUGCGCAAGUAAUUUCGAUCUGGACGUCAGACCUACGUUGUCGUUCUCGAACUGACGUCGUUGUGAUAUUAAUCCGUUUCCUUUUUAGGCGUGUUUGGUUUGUUUUUUUUAUUAUUGUCGUUAUAUUUAGGCCCCACUACUUGUUUGUUCAUAGUGAUACUAGUUUUUACGGCCGGUCGAUAUUCCUGGAGGAUCUGUAUGGCGUGUACACGCGAAAUAUAUUUUUACCGAAGAUGUCUGGUUAGUUUCAA